AACACCAUAGUCAAGGUUCUAAAGUUGUAGCCAUCACCAUUGGCGUUCAGCUUGACUAGAGGCCAGGCUAAGACAUACCUGUGCCACCUAACCAACCACGCGUCUUGGCCAUUCGCGAUGGCCCUGCGGCGCUUCGUCAUCCUCAUCGUCACCGUCGUCUUGUGGUUCGCCGGAGCCGCAGUACUGGUAGCCGGCCAGCACUACACGGCGUAUGAGCCAUACUGCUCGACCACGGGAAACUACACUACCGGCAGCCCUUACCAGGUGAACCUAUUCAGGCUCGUGGGCGAACUCCAGGCGGGUGCCAUCGCUAACCGCGGCUUCGACGAUGGCAUGGCCGGCGAGGCGCCCGACUCGGUCUUCGGCCUUGCCAUGUGCUACGCCGAUCGUAACUGGACCGCGUGCGGGGACUGCGUCAGGGCCGCGGCCGCCGGGGUGCAGCAGGCGUGCCCGUUCGGCCGGGAGAUGAAGGCCCUAUACGACGAGGCAUGCCUUCUCCGGUACUCGAACGAGUCAUUCCUCUCCGUCGCCGACAUCGAUGUCGCGUUCUACGUGCGGGACGUGGACUCCUUCGUCGCUGACAUGGCCAGCUUGAACAGCACGAGGUGGAAGUUGAUGACCCGGCUCGCCAUGGAGGCUGCCGUCUCAUCGCUGCGGCUGGCGAACGGGAGCGAGGGGUACAUGGACUCGCAGAGCAACUCGCAGCAGGUGUACGCGAUGGCGCAGUGCACGAGGGACCUCAACGCCAGCGAGUGCACCAGGUGCCUCACAAAUUUCGUCGCGGACCUGUCAAGCACACUCCCAAACUAUACCUACGGGUCCGCCAAGGGCUACAGCUGCUACCUUGCGUACAGCGUCGGGGAAGAAAUCAGCAUCACCAUUCCGCCGGCAAUUGCACAGCCGCCGCCCGCUACGAAUCUGCUGCCACCGUCUACUCCACCGCCUCCCCCAGGCCGGCCGGUGGCGCUGGUGGCCGGCGUCUCAAUCGGUUCCGUGACCUUCAUCAUCUGCGUCGGCCUCUCAGUAUGGUUCCUGCUGCGCCGCCGCAGGCAAAAGGCAAGAGAGCGUGAACUAGAUGUGUUUGAGGACGAGCCGUUGGAAGAAGAGUUCAAGAACGGGACAGGGCCCAGGAGAUUCCGCUACAAUGACCUGGCAGUCGCCACCAGCUUCUUCUCCGACGGGGAGAAGCUCGGCGAAGGAGGCUUCGGGUCGGUCUACCACGGGUACUUGAAGGAUAUGAACCUUCACGUCGCCAUAAAAAAGGUGUCAAAGAGCUCCAAGCAGGGGAGGAAGGAGUACGUUUCCGAGGUGAAGAUCAUAAGCCGUCUGAGACAUCGGAAUCUCGUGCAGCUCAUCGGCUGGUGCCAUGGCGGCGGCGAGCUCUUGCUUGUCUACGAGCUCAUGCCCAAAGGGAGCCUUGACACUCAUAUCCACAACCAUAACAACAUACUGUCAUGGCCGCUCAGGCAUGAUAUCGUGCUCGGAAUCGGUUCUGCACUUCUGUACCUACAUCAGGACUGGGAGCAGUGCGUUCUGCACCGCGAUAUCAAGCCAAGCAACGUUAUGCUUGACGCCUCCUUCAACGCCAAGCUCGGCGACUUCGGGCUGGCAAGGCUUGUCGACCACGGCCGGAGGUCACACACCACGGUGCUCGCUGGCACGAUGGGGUACAUGGACCCAGAGUGCAUGAUCACAGGCAGUGCCAGCACCGAGUCCGACGUCUACAGCUUCGGCGUAGUUGUCCUCGAAAUUGUGUCCGGCCGGCGGCCAAUCGUGAUCGUUCACGAGAGAGAAGAAUCCACCACGGUGCACCUGGUGCAGUGGGUCUGGGAAUUUUACGGCCGCGGAAGGAUCCUUGACGCAGCCGACGUGCGGCUCAACAGCGAAUUUGACAGCAAGGAGAUGGAGCGCGUGAUGGUCACGGCGCUCUGGUGCGCGCACCCUGACCGCUCACUGAGGCCGUCCAUCAGGCAGGCAAUUAACGUGCUGCGGAUCGAGGCGCCGCUGCCGAGGCUCCCACCGAAGAUGCCGGUCGCGACGUUUAUGCCACCAGUUGAUGGCGUUCUAUCUGAAUCUGUCGCUGUGACCGGCAGCAGUAGCGGCAGCAGCACCGGCACUAGCACCAUGCGUUGCAGUACCGUGUUGACAGAGACAUCUACCUUGCUGAGAUGACAAACGUACACGGGUUUAAUAGCUUGAAUAUUUCUGGUAUCACAAUGUUUUCUAUAGGACUAGCACUUUGUGGAAUGGACUGCUUCUUUCUGAAUAUUCAACAUUUCUACAGUUUUGCAA